AUGAAUGGGAACACGAUAGAUGGUACUUUGAUUGGUCUUGCUCCAAUUGUAAAGACCCCAAUUGCAGAUAUUUUAAAUGUGACACUUUCACAACAAGGAAAACCCUGUGGGUUCUUUGAGGCUCAAUUUUACAGAUGUGUUGAAGCUUAUGGAGCCAAAUUAGGAAGAAAAUACUGUGAUUUAGAACAUAGGGAUUUUAAAGAAUGUAUAACUGAAGAUAAACAAAAAAAACGUGCUGAAGCCAUACGUAACGAACGUUGGAAACAGUAUUUUAAUGGAAAAUUAGAUAAACCAUUCGUUGAAAAUCAUCCUGAACCAGGUGUUUAUAGACCAGAACAUUUUGUUAACAAUCCAUUUAACUAG